AUGAAUGGGAAUGGCCAGAUUACGCAACUUCACUCUUUCCAAGGUACAACGCUGCACACAGCACAGUGGGAUGACUCUAUUAAUUGGGACGGAAAGAGGGUUGCUGUUAUUGGUAAUGGUUCUUCGGCAAUCCAACUCCUUUCGCAGAUGCAGAAGUCAGCUAGCCAGAUCACGACAUACCUUCGAAGUCCUACAUGGAUUUCUUCCAACCACACAGCCCACUUUGCCAAAGAUGGACGCAAUUUUCCUUACACCGAGGAAGAGAAGCGAGAAUUCCCUACCCUCCGUGAUAUGUUUGAGGCAGACAUGAAAAAGCGGCUUAAGAACGAUCCGCACCUCUGUGCUAAGCUGGUUCCGGACUGGGAUGUUGGGUGUCGUCGUCUAACACCUGGCGAUGGUUAUCUCGAAUCCCUACUCGAAAAGAACGUCGGGGUCGAAUUCGGCGACAUCGAACGUAUUACUCCUAAAGGCAUUCAAAAUGCAAAUUGCGAGAAACAAUUUGAUAUAAUCGUUUGCGCAACAGGCGGUUACGGUGAGUUUAGACGUGGUCAGAGAGUUCAUCGACUACAGUCAGGAAUUCUUAACCAAAAAGGUGUGGACAAGCGGUUGUCGCUCGUGGUUCAAGAAUGA